AGAGGGAUGUUGAGGCUGCGAAUCGGGAGGAUGAGGAUUCUGGUGCUGAGCUGACCAGGACGAACACAAAAGUGGAGGUCGGAGGGGAUGGCGCUAUUGUGAUUACCAGGGGGCGGGUUCUGAUCCCUGAGGGACUCAGUCUACGGCCUGAAGAGAUCCUGAGUCUAGAGACGCUCAGCGAACGGUUGUGAGCUAUCAACAUUAAAGGCUGUGCGAAUGCACAUGCGCAUGAAGACGGUAGGGGGCAUUGUCAAUGCUGGCAUGUCUUCGGUCCGCCACCGGCCACGAGCAGUGCGAAUACCGAGCCUGCCCCAUAGGUAAAGCGAAGCAUCUCCGAAAAUCCGAAUCCCGAGUCUCUAAAGUUGACGCCGGCUUCAUAAGAGCUCAAUUCAAGAAGGUGCUUAAGUGGAGUCAGUCUUUCAAUAUGAGCUCCAACCUCGAUAUGAUCGACUGUCCUCAUAACAACACAGAAUGCAUUCUCCAGGCAGUUGUCGCACUUCUCAACGAAGUGCGAGACAAGAACGCCGAAUUCAACUGGGACCCGCUCUCAUUUGUCUUCACCGCCGUUACCGGUGUCGUCGCCGCCUGCUCUGCCGGCAUUGCCAUCUUGCAAGCCUUCUUCGCUGCCGGUCCGGGCCGACUCGAGGCUAGCCGCUAUGCCAUCGGACCAUGGGCCAAAUUUACCAAGCGAUCUUUUGACUGGCAGGAAUGGAGAUUCCGCUCCGUCGCCCAAACGCCAGUCAUCGUCGUUUCUAGCCCCGACGGCUUCGAGGCUGAGCACAAAUACUCCAUUACCGAGUCAUCCGAAUACCAGCCGGCGGGUUGGAACGCUCUACUAUCAAGAUUGAGCCUCGACAAGCCUGAGUUGUGGGCAAAGAAACCUCUAAGCGCUGAUCACUUACCGCAGGAGCUGCCGGCUGUUCCGGCGUAUGGCAACAUUGCUGCAGUCAUAACAUUGGCCAUCGCCCAAGCCGGUGGUAACUGCAAGCUGGUACCCGAUCAGGACAGCGAGUUCUUGAUGGUUCGUGAGGACACCUUCCAGUUGCGGCUGAGGAAGCAUGCUGUUCUAGGCACCGUUGCCACAUUCGAAACGUAUCCAAGCCCUCGGAUAACAUUCAACUCUAGGGUUGGAGGUGGCUUCUCCCAAGUUGACGGAAAUCUUCAUUUUCUGAUACGGUAUUCACUCGGCUACGUGCCCCUCGAUUUCAAAGGUCCAGACUGGAUGCUGCUGGUUGAACCGGAAGACUGCGCUCCAGGAGCCUUCAUGUUCCCUGGCGCUAGCAUGAUCGCUUAUUAGAGGUGGGCCCAAGGCUACCGAAUCCUGAACCUCAUGAAGCGGGCUGUCAAGCACGAAGCCGAGCAAAGCCGAUCAGGGCAGCCUCGUUGCAGGACAGGAGUCCACCAGUCACCAGAUUGCUGCGGAUACUACGCCAAAUCUAACAAGGACGAUGACCUAGUACCGAGUAAAGAUAUAGCCAUUCUCGCAUUCGACUCCCGCUGUCCCUUGGGACUCAUGAUCAGCUCUCCCCCGGUUAUAUUGAACUCUAUUACUCUGAGCUCUCUGAGAGUUUCUCCUAUUGUCAGCUUUUCAUCCCAGCAAGCAGAGUUACACUUGAAAUCGCAGAUCCCAGUUCUUCAGAGCCGUUUCUGGUCUCGAGACCCUGCGGUUGGGGUCGUCCCGUCUACGUUCACAGUCACACCUAAGCUGC